AUGCGCGCAGGAGGGAGCAGCAGCAGCAGCGGGAGGAGGAGGGGGCUGCCCUGGCCCUUUGCCCUGCGCCACACCCCGGCCGCUGCCCAGGAGCCAGGGCAGGCGGGCUCCGGCUGCAGCAGGGCGCUCUUUGGGCAGCCCCUGGCAGCCCUCUGCGGGGAGGCUGGCACCCUGCCCCAGCCCAUUCAGGAGAUGAUGGCUGUCCUGCAGCGGGAAGGGCCGUCGACGGAGGGGAUAUUCCGCAGAGCCGCCAGCGGGACAGAGGUUCGGGAGCUGCGGGAGGCCCUGGAACGCAGCGCACACGUCGACCUGGAAAGCCAGCCUGCGCUGCUGCUGGCCAUCCUCUUGAAGGACUUCCUCCGAAGCAUCCCUGACAAGCUCCUCGUGACGGAGCGCUACGAGGACUGGAUGGCAGCGAUGCAGAAGACCAGCAAGGAGGAGAAGAUUGAAGAGCUGAAAGCGGUGGCUGAGAAGUUGCCUGCAGCCAACCUCCUCCUCCUGAAGCGGCUGCUGUUCCUCCUCCAGCACAUCGGCCACAACGCAGCCACCAGCAGGAUGAGCCACAGCAACCUGGCCAUCUGCGUUGGGCCAAACCUGCUGAGCCCACCCAAUGAGGAGCUGCUCCCGCUGCAGGCCCUGCUGGCGGUGACUGAGAAGGUGAACGUGCUGGUGGAGUUCAUGAUAGACAACUGCAGGGAACUCUUUGGGGAGGAGACAACCGCCCUUUCCUGUCCAGCAGCCGAGGAGUCGCCAGUCCCCGCGGGGAGAUCGAGAGCUCCAGCUUUGCCUCCCACCACCCCCGAGAGUGCGGCAGAGUCCCUCGUACGCCCGGAAGAGCUGGCCAGCCUCGCCGAGCAAAGAAGGUGCCGUUUUCCUGUUAAUGGCUGA